GACGCUAGUUUCCGGCGGGUUACUUAGAGCGCGGAACAGCUCUGGGCCAAAGGACCAUGAGAGGGCCGGAGCCGGGUCCCGAACCAACGAUGGAGGGAGACGUGCUGGACACACUGGAGGCGCUGGGGUGGCAAGGGAAAAAGAUAGUUUUCAGAUUACUCGUGGCUUACGUAGUCGCGCAGGCUACUGCAGGCUACAAUGCAGUGUGGAGAGUUACCAGCAGCCCUAAUGAACUGAAGAUUUGGAUCACCCUGCUUGAAGUAAUGUCCGACCAGCAACUAUGCUUCCAGGUGCCCUUUUUUCUGUACCCAUUCAUCUGUUUCAAACUAAGUCUUAAGUUAAACCUCUAUAGAGAUUCUUAUGCAUGUAUUAACAUUAUUUAUUUUCUCUUUAUUCUAGUAUUUUUAAGUACAGAACUUCAAGCUUCACAGAUACUACAGAACAAGAAACAUAAAAAUUCUCAAUUAGAUAAAAAUAGUGACAUUUAUCAGGAAGUUCAAGCUAUGUUUGAUACACUUGGUAUACCCAAGUCAACAACUUCUGACAUUCCGCAUAUGCUAAACCAAGUGGAAUCAAAGGUGAAAGAUAUUCUCUCAAAGGUCCAGAAAAAUCAUGUGGGAAAACCACUGCUGAAAAUUGAUUUAACUUCAGAACAGGCGGAACAACUUGAAAGAAUAAAUGAUGCUCUUUCCUGUGAAUAUGAGUGCCGCCGGCGAAUGUUAAUGAAACGAUUAGAUGUGACUGUACAGUCCUUUGGAUGGUCUGAUAGAGCAAAGGUAAAAACAGAUGAUAUAGCAAGAAUUUAUCAGCCUAAACAUUAUGCUUUGUCACCCAAGACAACAGUUACAAUGGCACAUCUACUUGCUGCUCGUGAAGAUCUAUCCAAGAUCAUUAGGACAAGUAGUGGCACCAGCCGGGAGAAGACCGCAUGUGCCAUCAAUAAGGUUGGUGUUUCUUUCAGCACAGUGGAAAAUGAACUGAUAAUAUCCUACUUAAUGUUUUUACAAAUUUUAACCUAUUUUUCUUUCAUGUCCUGGUAAAUAUUUAGAAGAAAGAGUGGCAGGGGGGUUCAGUCUAGGCUUAGUUAUGUUGUUUUUGUGUAUGUAUGUGUAUUCACUUGAAUUUGUGUAUUCAUAAAUCAAAGUAUUAUCUGAAUUAGAGAAAUUACGAAUUGUUUUUGUCAAAGCUUUAGCAAGAAUUAUUUUCCAGCUUUCUAAAAAGUAAUUGUUUCAAGUACUAACAGAUUUCUUACAUCCUUGGUGUAAAGGAAAGAAGAGUUCGUGCUUUAGAGUCAGACCAAUCUGGGUUCCCAUCCUAGCUCUAUCAUUUACUUACAGAAAUGACCCGGGCAAGCUAGUGAACCUCUUUGAGCUUCUGUUUCCUGAUUUGGAGUAUACAUCAAUUUCUCUGACAGUAGUCUUAAACUCAAGGAAACGGAAUUUUUUACUUUACAACAGCAAUAACAACAAACUAAUUUAGUAUGUUUAUGUCAGCUUUACUGGCAUGUCUUGUUCAUUUAGGUAGAGCACUCCAUGGCAAACUUUAUUACAAAAGAGCAAAAAAUCAGAAAUAAGGGAUUUGGAUAAUUUUAAAGCAUCGCUUCUCACUCAGUGUAACUUGAGAUAAAAUACCUUUUCAGAAGGAUGGUUGUUUUUAAAGUCAUUUUUCUAAUUAUCGCUAAAUUAGGCAUCACCAGUGUUUGCCUCUGUGCUUCCACUGUGGCUCAAUCCUAUCUUCUGAAAGUGUUCUCUCUUUAAAUAUAUUACCUAACAUUUUGCAUUGGGUUAUAAUUUAGUCUUGCUGGAUCAAGACUUCUAUUUCUGUAAGCAACAUUGGCCAUCUCUUCUGAGUUUAUAAUUUAUGAUCUCAUUAUUUGAGGGUAGUCUUAUGAUCAGUUCUGGCAUCUCCAUAUGCCCACCAACAUACCAUGUUUGGUAGAGAGACCAGUGAGAAUAAUAACCAGGAAAGGCUGUUUUUUGGAUUUGGUAAUUAGGACAUCAUUGCCAUCUUUAAAAGAAUGUUGCAUACUUAGAACCUUGUCUCACAUUGAGGAUAUUGCACUUUUUAUCUUUCAUUUGUGACAUAAAUCCUAAACUUAGUUUUGAUUUAGAGGAUCAAUGGAAGUGUAUAAUUAGCUGGUCAUUUUGGUUGAGGCAGUUGCUGUUUUACUUUCCUUCCUGAAAGACAGUAGCAGGAAGCUAUUGGCUUCCCCUUGUCUGUGGUGAGCAGAUGACACCCUUCUUAUUGCUAUCUUUCCUCUGCUCAUGGCAUAUAAAGCUGCUGCUUUCUACAGAAGGUUGGAUACUUAAACUCUUCCGUAGUAUAUUUUUGAAAGGAUUAUAAAGCAUAGUAAAGGAAUUAUAUCAACUGUGUUUUCCUUAUAAUAACAUGGCAUUAUCAUCACUGAAAGUCAGUGAUCUUAAGUUUCUUAAAAGAAGUAGUUCAUUGAGAAUCCUUUUCUCUCUUUGUGGUGAUACCUGGAAUUACAGUUUUUAUAUCAAUCUCUGACCUCAUUAAGGUCCCAUGUUGUAUAUACUUCAUAGAUUUUUGAAAUGAAAUGUGCUUAGGAAUAUAAUCUUUUAUUGGAUAAUCAAUUACCAAAUCAAUGGCAAUGGAAAGUCCAGAGUUGUUGUUAUAUAAAUGGUAUGAAUGUAAGGUAUGUCGUUAUAUAUAUAAAAAAAUGUUUUCCUAAAGAAACUUCUUAGUGAAGUGGGUACUACAUUUGUUACAGAAUUUGCUAAACGAAUUUAAGUGAGAAAAAAUUAAGCCUUUAAGUUUCAAAAAUACUCUCUCAGAUCGUUUAAAAAUAAUAUAUUCUAGGCCAGGUACGGUGGCUAACGCCUGUA